AUGACUAAGGUGCAAUUUCAUGAAGCUCAAGGCAGCUUAAAUGGCCGCAAAAGAAAGCCCUCAAACUCAGACUUCGAAAUUGAGCAGCAGCCCAAUGCUCUCCCCAAAGAUGCUCUGGCUCGCAAAAAGAUAACUCGCGCUUGUGAUUCCUGCAAGUCAAAGAAGACCAAAUGUACAGGUACACUGCCAUGCGCUCGGUGUAUGCGGCAUUCACUGCCCUGCGAUUAUACUGCCUGCUAUUCAAGAGGAUUGCCGCCCGAGCCCAUCCCGGCGACACCAAAUUCUGUGCCACCGAAGCCGACUGGUACGGGGAACGUCCGAUCAGGAUCCCGUGUAUUUCGCGUUUCAGGGUCUAAAGAGAUCUCGAAACAAAGGUGUGCGAAAAUAAAUGUUGGCAACCUUCAAGACCAUGGCAAUGUUUCUCGAAAGGAAUCCCCGCAAGAUUCCCCCGAGCCGGGAUCCACAGAUCUCGAAGGAAACUACAUCGGACCUGCGUCAGGCAUAUCCUUCAUCAAGCGAGUAUGGGCGAGACUACGACGAGAUGAAAUAUCGCAAAACGGAAUCCAGGUCAAAGACAAUCUUCAAUCAACAGCGAGCCCAUUUACCUCUGGCGACAAACCAUAUCCGGGCCACUCGGAGGCGACUUUCAGUCUGCCGCCCUUCGCAGUCGCCAUGGAGCUCAUCACGGUAUACUUUGAUUUUUCGAUGGUAACAUAUCGAUUUCUGCACUACAGGCGUGUGAAAGAAUGGGCACAGCAACUGUAUGCAGAACAGUUUUCCGCCUUCAAUUUACCGGUAGGCGUCAUGGCAACCCGCGCAGCUAUUGUCCUAAUGAUUUUCGCCGUUGGAAGUCUUCACGCAGAUACAUUGCCUUCAACGGAGUCCACUCAAAGUGAGCGAUGGUUCGCCGCGGCCAUGCACUUGAUGAACUUUGAGUCUGGGCCCCCAAGCUUAGAGACUAUUCAGGUCCGUUUGAUUCAAUGCUUUUACCUCUUGUCAUCCUCGCGAGCCAAUGAGUGUUGGUACUGCUUCGGGACGGCGUUGCAAGUGGUCACGGCCAUGGGACUUCAUAGAAGGCGUGCCACAAAGCGAGCGGGGAAGCCAGUUUCAACCUUCGAGCUGGAAAUGCAGAAACGGGUCUUUUGGAGUGUCUACACUUUGGAUAAGUACCUCAGCAUCAUGUUCGGGCGGCCUCGGCUACUCCAUGACGAGGAUAUUGACCAAGAGUUACCUGAUGGUCUGAGAGACGAAGACUUUCAGGAAGACAAGUCGACUCACCCAGGCGAACAAAUAGACAACAUGAUGACUGCAUCUAUACUGCACUUCCGACUAGGUCGAAUUUUAGCAGAGCUCUCACGGCAGCUGUACAGCAUAAAUCAACAGUCACAAGGCAGCAUGCUCGCCAAAGUCCCUCGUCUCACCAGAGAACUGGAAGAGUGGAGAGAAAGCGUGCCCCCGAUCUUGAAGAACAUACCCUCCUCCAGUCUGCCACCAACCCUCCGCCGACAAAGACAGGUAUUACGACUCGGUUAUAACCAUGCCAUGAUCCACGCUACGCGUUCAUUUCUCCUCGUCGAUGCCUGCGAUUCAAAAUAUCCUCCAACAUCUCGCCUCACAAUCGUAAAUCACGUGAAUAAAUGCGUACGCGCCGCAAAAGACGUAAUGACCUUGAUCGAGGAUCUCGCGCAACAAAAAGUUAUUAUCCAGUCAUUCUGGUUUACUCAUUAUGUUACAUUUUGUGCCGUUCUAGUCGCCUAUAUAUACAUCAUUCAGCAACUGUGCAAAGCUGAGAAUGCACAAGCGACGACGGCAGCACAGGACGAGCUCAAUACAGAGGAUAUACAAUCCUUGUUCCUCCUUACCGAGUCCUCCCAGCGAUACCUGGCAGAAGCCACCCGAACAAACUGCCCCAGUAGACGCUACAGCACGAUCCUUACAGAACUCAGGGAAGAAGUCCACCGACAGCUUGACUCCAAAGGCCAACUAAAAGCCAAUCCAUUACCAGCCCUGAAUGGCACCGGUACGAUUCAGGACUUUGAGCCAACACGCCAAAAGAGUUCCAUCACCGAUGAAUGUUCGAUGGCUCAAGUGGCAAUUUCCCAAGAUAUUGGCGAAAAUCUGCCGCCAACUUCUGAUAUUGGCUUUAUCUCCGAUCUUGACCCUGAUUUUUCAUUUCUGGAAGAGCUCGAAGGCUCAACAUGGUGGACACAGCUAGAUUCGUGGGUGAGUUCUCCCACGCGGUCGAGAUUCAACUUGAGUUUUCAAUGCACUCUUGCUGUGCCAGCUGACAAGGUGUAUAAUUAG